AUGAAGCUCAACUACACGCCAGAAUCCGCUGAAGGACUACCAGCCGAGGAUGCCAGUAUCUAUGAACGCGUUAGGCAGCGUCGCGGAGGACGGUUGCUCCCUUUGGAUCGUGCCCUACUCCACUCACCACAACUUACCGACGGCUGGAAUUCGCUACUAGGCGCCGUUCGGACAAAAGGAUGUUUAUCCGACGACCUGCGUGAAAUCUGUAUCUUGCGUCCCGCGCUGAUCAAUCGAGCCUGGUUCGAGUGGAAUCACCAUGCGCCUAUUUUUGAGGCCGCCCCUGGAGUCACCGCGGCCCACAUAGAUGUGUUGAGCCAACUUCAUCCUGCUGGUCAAGGAGCCUUGAAUGAUCGCCAGUGGGCGGUGCUGCGGUACAGCGACGCGAUGACCAAAGACGUUUCAGUUCCCGACGAGGUGUUCGACGAGUUGCGUCGGCUCCAGUUCAAUGAACAAGAGAUUGUCGAAAUCACGCUGACGUGCGCCGCUUACAAUAUGGUGAGCCGCUUCUUGGUGGCCCUGGAUGUUGGUGAGGCAAAUGGCUCUGUUCCAGCAGUGGUAGCCUCGCACGAAUGA